CGGUCGGAGGUUGUCUUGCAGAUCACGAACGUGUGUUUCCACAAGGGAGACAGCCCCAAACUCAACUCACUUUCUGAAACCUGCCUCGCGUCGGUUGUGAGUGGGCUCGAGUCCGACGCUGCGGUCGGGGCAGCCCGGCCCGAGGGCAGCUGUUGGCAAGUACGGGACGGUGUGUCUUCCGGAACGGAGGCGGCGGGCACAGGCUGUUUCCGGAGGGUCCUAGCCCGUCGCUGCGCCGCGCCCCGCCCCUCGCGCGGCCACGUCUCCGUCGGAGCAGCCCGGCUGGCGGCCGCCUAGGCUUCCGCAGCGCCGGGUAUCAUGAUGUUAUUGGGUUUGAUUUCAAGCCACUUAUGAGACUGGACGUCUUCCCAAAAUGGACGGCCUAGUGCGGGUCUUCCCAGGAGCCCCGGGCUGCUGCUAAUGGCCGAGACCGAACCCGCCCGCAGCCCGCUUGCAGCCCCCGAGUAUCGGUCCAGCCUGUGCCGUCCUGACCAUGGACAGAGUGCCGGCCGGAUCCAGCAGUGGCACCCCAGCUCACCCCGAGGCCCUCCCAGAGCCCCCAGGGUCACCGGUGCCACCUGACCAGUGGGCUGACGCCCCGUGUGCCAGUGUCGAGGCCCAUAGAGCCGCAGAUGGAGGGCGAGGCCCGGAUGGACCUGGCAAGGGGGACACCUGUCAGAACGGGCCGACGCCACUCUUCCCAGACCCUGCAUCGCCUCUUGGUCCCGCCACGAGCCCACUGGGUCCCGAGGCCUCUGCAGGUGUGGCUGAUUUCCAUGACAACCUAAGGAAGUCUCAGGGGACUGGUGCUGAGGGCAGUGUUAGAAAAGAAGCUUUGCAGUCCCUCAGACUCAGUCUUCCUAUGCAAGAAACACAACUGUGUUCAACAGAGGCUUCCCUGCCCCUGGAGAAGGAGGAGCAGGUCCGGCUUCAGGCUCGGAGACGGCUCGAAGAACAGCUCAAACAGUACCGGGUGAAGCGCCAGCAGGAAAGAUGCAGUCAGCCUGCGGCCAGAGCACGACUGUCCAGCACGCUCGACCCGGAGCUCAUGCUGAACCCGGAGGCCCUGCCCCGUGCCAGCCCGGUGGCUCUGACAAAGGAGUACUCCUUCCUGCGCACCAGUGUCCCCCGAGGGCCGAAGGUGGGCAGCCUGGGGCUCCUGGCGCAUCCCAAGGGGAAAAGAAGUUCCAAACCAAGCAAAAUCCGGUCUCUGGCCGAUUACAAAACCGAAGACGACUCCAGUGCCGGGAGCUGUGGUGGGAACGCUCCGGCCGCAGACGCUGCCGGGGGCGCCCUGAGGCAGAGCCGGAGCAGCGUGACGUCAGUAGUGUCCGAGGUCAGCCCGUGUCCUGAGGCCGAGGACCGCCUGGAGAACGCGUCCCUGACGGGCGACAACACGUCCGAGGCUGACGGGAACGAGAGCGACAGCUCCUCCCUCAGCAGCGUGUCUACCCGUGGGACGCGCGGGCUUCUGGCGGACCCCGUGGGCACUCGCGACGCUUCCUAUGUGGUCAACGGCCGGGAGAUCGCCGCCGCCGCCCUGGGCCAGUUCCCCUCCAUCACGGAUGUCCUCCAGGCUGCGGCGGCCGAGCACCAGGACCAGGGACGGGAGGUCAACGGGGAGACGCGGAGCCGGACAGACAGCAUCUGCAGCAGCGUGUCCCUGGAAAGCUCCGCCGCGGAGAGCCACGACGCGGUGCUGCAGGCCCUGAAAGACAAGAUGAGACUCGAGGGUCAGCUGGAGGCGUUGUCUUUAGAGGCCAGUCAGGCACUUAAAGAGAAGGCGGAGCUCCAGGCGCAGCUGGCCGCCCUGAGCACGAGGCUGCAGGCACAGGUGGAGCAGAGCCACAGCAGCCAGCAGAAGCAGGACUCGCUCAGUUCGGAGGUGGACACCUUGAAGCAGUCUUGCUGGGACCUGGAGCGAGCAAUGACUGACCUGCAGAACAUGCUGGAAGCCAAGAACGCCAGCCUGGCAUCGUCCAACAGCGACCUGCAGCUGGCCGAGGAGCAGUACCAGCGACUCGUGGCCAAGGUGGAAGAGAUGCAGAGGAGCAUCCUCAGCAAGGACAACACAGUGCACGACCUGCGACAGCAGAUGACGGGCCUGCAGAGCCAGCUACAGCAGGUGCAGCUGGAGCGGACCACGCUGAGCAGCAAGUUGAAGGCGUCCCAGGCCGAGAUCGCGUCUCUGCAGCACGUGCGGCAGUGGUACCAGCAGCAGCUCGCCCUGGCGCAGGAGGCCCGGGUCCGACUGCAGGGCGAGAUGGCCCACAUCCAGGUUGGACAGAUGACCCAGGCAGGCCUCCUGGAGCACCUGAAACUUGAGAACGUGUCCCUGUCCCACCAGCUGACGGAAACCCAGCACAGAUCCAUCAAGGAGAAGGAGCGCAUUGCCAUCCAGCUCCAGGGCAUCGAGGCCGACAUGUUGGACCAGGAGGCUGCCUUUGCGCAGAUCCAAGAGGCCAAGACGAUGGUGGAGGAGGAUCUGCAGCGGAGGCUGGAGGAGUUCGAGGGCGAGAAGGAGCAGCUGCAGAAGGUGGCGGCCGCGGCCGCGUCCCUCGAGCAGCAGCUGGAGCAGGUGAAGCUGGCGCUGCAGCAGCGAGACCAGCAGCUUGAGGCCCUGCGGCAGGAGCACCUCGACCUGCUGAAGCAGCUCACCUGUGCGCAGGAGGCGCUGCAGGCCCGGGAGCGCGCCCUGGGUGACGUGCAGGUGCGCUACGACGAGCUGCAGGCCCGGCUGGAGGAGCUGCAGGAGGAGGCCGCCUCCAGGGACGACGCGAUCCGCUCCCUGCAGAACGAGAAGAUGGUCUUAGAGGUGGCCCUGCAGGCGGCCCGGAGCGGCGGGGAGGGGCUGGACAGGGGAGCGCAGCGCCUGGCAGAGGGCGCCGAGGAGACGUCGCAGGUUCUGGAGCAGCUGAGACAGGAGUUGGCCGUCAAGUCCAGCCAGGUGGGGCACCUGCAGCAGGAAGCUGCCACUCUGAGGAAGCAGACGCAGAAAGUCAAGGAGCAGUUUCUUCAACAAAAGGUGAUGGUGGAGGCCUACCGGCGGGAUGCCACCUCCAAGGACCAGCUCAUUGGUGAGCUCAAGGCCACGAAGAAGAGGCUGGACUCGGAGCUGAAGGAGCUGAGGCAAGAGUUAAUUAAAGUUCAAGGGGAGAAGAAGUCCGUGGACGUGGAGCAUGUGCGCCUGCAGAAGGAAGCGUCCCACGUCCGUCAGCAGAUGGCCGACCUCGAGGGGCAUCUGCAGGCGGUGCAGAGGGAGCGCGACGAGAUGGAGACGCACUUACAGUCUUUGCAGUUUGAUAAAGAGCAGAUCGUAGCUCUUACGGAGGCCAACGAGGUGCUCAAGAAGCAAAUUGAGGAGCUCCAGCAAGAAGCCACCAAGGCCAUCAUGGAACAGAAGCAGAGGAUGAAGCGGCUGGGCUCAGACCUGAGCAGCGCCCAGAAGGAGAUGAAGACCAAGCACAAGGCUUAUGAGAGCGCUGUGGGCAUCCUGAGCCGCCGCCUGCAGGAGGCCCUCGCGGCCAAGGAGUCGGCAGAGGCGGAGCUGAGCCAGCUGAGAGCCCAGGGCUCUGGCGGCGGCAGCGACCUCACUCUGCAAGAGAGGGUCCAGGCUCUGGAGGCAGAGCUGCAGGCCGUCGGCCACAGCAAGACGAUGCUGGAGAAGGAGCUCCAGGAGAUCAUCUCACUGACCAGCCAGGAGUUGGAGGAGUACCGGGAGAAGGUGCUGGAGCUGGAGGAUGAGCUGCAAGAGUCCAGAGGCUUCAGGAGGAAGAUAAAGCGCCUGGAGGAGUUGAAUAAGAAGUUGGCCCUUGAGCUGGAGCACGAAAGAGGGAAGCUUACGGGCCUGGGGCAGUCCAACGCGGCCCUGCGGGAACACAACAGCAUCUUAGAAACCGCGUUAGCCAAGAGGGAGGCCGACCUGGUCCAGCUGAACCUCCAGGUACAGGCGGUCUUGCAGCGGAAGGAGGAGGAGGACCGCCAGACGAAGCAGCUCGUCCACGCCUUAGAAGCCGCGCUGGAGCAGGAGAAGGCCAAAGUGCACAGCCUCAAGGAACAGGUUGCUGCAGCCAAGGCGGAGGCAGGACAUAACCGCCGCCACUUCAAGGCCGCCACCUUGGAGCUGAGUGAGGUGAAGAAGGAGCUUCAGGCCAAGGAGCACCUGGUGCAGAAGCUGCAGGCCGAGGCCGAAGGUCUUCAGGUCCAAGAGGGGAAACACUCCCAGGAAAUAGGACUGUUCCAGGCGGAGCUGGAGGAGGCCCGGACCCAGCUCCAGCUCCUGCAGAAGCAGCUGGACGAGCAGCUGAACAGACAGCCUGCGGGAAACCAAGAGAUGGAAAACCUCAAAUGGGAGGUGGAUCAGAAAGAAAGAGAAAUCCAGUCCUUGAAGCAGCAGCUGGACUUGACUGAACAGCAGAGUAAAAAGGAACUGGAUGGAAUACAGCACUUACUGCAGAAUAUCAAAGCUGAGUUGGAGACGGUGCGAGAAGAUCUGUCCCUGACCCAGAAAGAUAAAUUUAUGCUGCAAGCUAAAGUGUCCGAGCUGAAGAACAACAUGAAGACUCUGCUCCAGCAAAACCAGCAGCUCAGGCUGGACCUGCGGCGUGGCGCGGCCAAGACGAGAAAGGAACUGAAAGGCGAGGCCGGCUCUUCGGGCCCCGUGACGCCGGUGAAGAUCCCCGACUGUCCCGUCCCGGCCUCCCUGCUGGAGGAGCUGCUGAGGCCCCCGCCUGCCGUGAGCAAGGAGCCCCUCAAGAACCUCAACAGCUGUCUCCAGCAGCUGAAGCAGGAGAUGGACAGCCUUCAGCGCCAGAUGGAAGCGCACACCGUUACCGUGCACGAGUCGCUGUCCUCGUGGACUCAGGGGGACCCCUCUGCCAGCCCAGCUCCCCUGGGAGAUCAUGCCAACCCCCGGGGAGACACGGAGCAACUCGGCCAGUGCAGGGUCUCCAGAGAGGAGCUUGGAACAGCGGCUGCCGAGCGUCCACAGUCCGAGUGCGUGUGACCGCCCAAAGGAAUAUUCUUUUGUCAAGGUUAUUUAUUUGACUGUUUGCUCUGUUUUUCUAAGGGAUGAGGUUUAAAUUUUGCAUUUGCCUUUACAAGGAGUAAAAGGACAGAACGAGAGCUGAGGACUAGAGAAAUAGUCAUUUGCAAAUCACAACUAGCUUUUCCCACGAAAUGACCAAGUCUUAACAACAUAACCUAGAUCUCAGCAAGAAGGUUUUGGAUGUGUCCGAAGGGAAUCUCUCACGAGUGACCAUAGAUGCUGCUGUCUGAGCACUGGCAGUGCUGCGUGGCCGGGUCCCAUUUCUCUCUUUCCUGCCCAAUUCAGUAAGAGCUUUACCUCUCUACAGAAACGAAAGUUUAUUUGCACCUUUGGUUUUUAUUUUAUUUUUAAUGGCUGUCUCACCAUAGGAUGUGUAUAUAAAUACUGAAAAUCAAUCUAAUCUUUAAAAAGGAUGUCUGUAUUAUUUAAGAAUGACCUGAAUUGUCUUUUUGUUGAUUGCCUUUUGAAAAUGUGCUGUCAGGAAUUAAUGCACACGUAGGGUUUAGGGACGUCAGUCAGAAAAUUAUAUUUUAAGAAAUCAUUAUUUUAUUUACUGUUCUAAAACCAAAUAUUCUUAGACAGAAAAGGGUCUUUAUUUUAGUUUCACUUUAUUUUUGAGGGCCUUGUCGUAAGUGCACAACACCCCCUGCCAUCCAACCCUUGGCCCGGCACGACCUCACUCGCCUUAGCUGACCCCAGUCACUAUGCGCCGGCCUGACGUGUGAGAUGCUCGGGGAGAGGUUCCAGGAGAGGAGGGGAGGAGGGCCAGGGCUCCAAACCCAGGCUUCCGCAGGCCACCACCCCCCCCCAACCCCACGCCUGCACGAAAAUGUCCGGCAGAGCCUGUGUGGUCAUCAGAGGACACGCCGGACUCUUCAGAAAGUUUGGAAGGUCCUGCAGCCUCUCCGCUGGAGACACUGAGGUUUCUAGAAGGGGCAGGUCAGCUCCGUGGGGAGGCGGUGGUGGUGGCCUCCCCGGCUGUCCUGUAGGGGAGGAGCUGGAUUUGGAGCUCCCUGAGCGUGGGAGGUUGCUCGUGGACAUUUCUCCACCUGAAACACAGAGGCGCUGCAGAAACUGACUGGCCGCGAGCCCUGACGUCUGUAACUUUGUCCCCUACUUGGCUGAGAAAUCUAAACUAACCCUCACUGUUGUGAGUUAGAGCAGAGAGGCCUCCGGUGCGGAUCUGCUGGUCUGGAGAUGAACUUGGAGGGGUUACUGAUGGGGCCACAUCCGCCUGUGUCGACUCACUACUUUUGUCUCUCUUGAGGAGAAAACAGUUUGGUAUUUGAAAGCUGUUUGUGUUCUCUCACGAGAUGCUGUUAGAAGGUUCACUGAUAAAGUAGCGUUAACCACAAAGAGGUUUAGUGUUUAAAAAAAUUCCCUAGCGACUCUUGGGACUUCUGAAGCUCGUAUAUCACUUGUACAGGGUUAAUCUUAAAGUAAUACUUGAAGACUUCAUUAUAAAUAUGUCCUAUUUUUCAUCUUGAGUUGGAAACCGUUUUUGACAAAAUUGUUUUUGUACCAUUAGAGAAGAAAAAAAUCAUAAUUUACCUUCUUAUUUAUUUGGGGUGUAUUAGCCUCAGUUUUAAUUUUAAAACCAGCACGUGACACUCAGCCUCCUGCCGUGGCUGCUUCCUCACUGCUGCGUGCCGGCGGCCCCCCGGGGACGGUCACUGCGCGUCUUCUCUUAGGAAAGGGUCAGCUGGUUGUGAGCAAGUCUCUGUUCCUCACCUCCUUUCCUUCAUGUCUUACCCUCUGUGUGCCGUGUGCCUGCGUGUGCGCCUGCACGCGCACAUGCACGUGCGUGUGGCUGUGCCUACGUGUGUAUGUGCACGUGGGUGUGUGUGCGCGCCACUGUGUGUGCAUGUGCACGUGCGAGUGGACCUGUGUGGGUAUGCACAUGUGCGCGUGGGUGUGCCUACGUGUGUAUGUGCAUGUGUAUCUGUGUGUGUGUGUGUCCGAGUGUGCGUGCGCAUGUGCCAGUGUGUGCCUGGGUAUGCGCGUGUGCCUGUCAUUGUGUGUGCGUGCCUGCCUGUGUGUGUGCGUGUGUGCACGUGCUCGUGCCUGCGUGUGUGUGCUUGUGCGUGUGUGAGUGCCUGUGCGUGAGUGUGCGCCUGUGUAUGUGUAUGCCUGUGCUCAUGCCUGUAUGUGCCUGUGUGUGUGCGUGUGAGUGUGCCUGUGCGUGUGAGUAUGCGCCUGUGUGUGCGUGUGAGUGCGCCUGUGUGUAUACGUGUGUGCGUGUGUAUGCAUGCAUGUGCUCGUGCCUGCGUGUGUGUACGUGUGUACACGUGCUCCUGUGGCGAUGGCAGCAGCGCCUCCUGGUUUCCUGACGUCACCCUGUGCCUUUGUUGUCACCCUCUCCGGUUCCCGAACGCCCUGGCUGUCCCACCCGCCGUGCUGUUUCCCGUGUGGCCACAGCCCCGGAUCUGGGGCCUUUCAGUCCAGCCUUUUGUUAGGCUUCCUUAACCAGCCACCUGAGAGAGAAAACUGGACUUGGAGGCCACCUGCUCCUGAUCUGUUGAGGGUUUGUUGUUGUUUUUAGCCUCCGAGGGCCUCGACUGCUACCUCCCAGAGCCAGAGUCUGCAGUGAGUAUCAUUUGAAACGUUCUCCUGUUGUGCAGAAGUGGGAAUUUGGAAUUUACUCCUGGAAAACAACGGUCCAGUCUGGAGUGCUUAGAAACCUAGGUUUGCUGUUACGUUAUGUUUGUGGAUAUUAUUCAUCCUGGGUCACGAAUACUGUAUGUCGUGUCCUCACUGCAGAGGACACUGGUUUGGACACUUCAUCGUGUCAUUUAUUUUUUUCUUACGUUCCAAAAAAAAUGUUACUGCGGCGUGGUUAUCUGAUCCACUGAUCUUUCUGUGGAACACGGGAUAGAUGCCAUUGGGUCUUAUGGAUUUAUAUGCUUUUGUUCUACUUUCUGGAAGGUCUAACAGGCAAAGUUCUGACAGGAUGUGAAACUGGCUUUUACUUGGCCUGGGGUCCAAGUAAUGGGACAGGCCUGCUAAGAAGAUUCUCACUAAACUCUUUCUCAGUUUACAGACUUUUCUUGGUGUAGAUGCUGCCGAAGCCAUGACAGGUGUUCCUACUCCCAUGAGUAACUUGUCACAUAGAAAUGACGUGUCCUGUGUAAAGAUUUCUAGUAGUGAAAGGGACCAGUGUAUCUGAAAGACACAUGUCCUGGAGCCUUCCGCAAGGACCCCUGUGACAUGUGAGACAUUCUGAGCCUUAUUCGAACAAGUUCACUGACACACGUUCCAGGCAAAUCUGGUUGUGUGAUGGUCUCAGGUUAUAAUAGGAUCCUGGAGGGUAACGUUUUAGAGGAUCUAGAAAACUUGGUGGCUUUAAGUUACUCAUUUCUGUUAAAAAUUUCCUCAUGAAAGGAUGUCCUCAGGUUGGGGCUGUUCAGGGGAAAGGUGUCACCGUGCACAACGAAUUGUAACUUUAAAAAGCAUGUUGAUUUUUUAUAAAUGUAAGUGUGCUGGGGAAUUCCUUAAAUUUUGUGCAAUAAACUAUUUUUUGUUAAAGAUUUUCACAUUU